AUGAGCGCUUCAGUGGCAGUGUACAGGAAUAUUUACACGGAGGACCGCUUCAAGCAGGCCUACGGCUCCGAGGAGAAGAGCAGCGGGAGUCUGCGGCUGCGGGAGAGGCUGGCUGGAGGCUGCAGGUGUUCCCGGCGAGCCUGGCUUCACCUGUUGAAACUGAGAGUGCCCAUUUUCAGCUGGCUGCCGAGGUACAGGUUCAAGAAGUGGAUUUUAGGAGACACGAUAGCGGGACUGACAGUCGGUAUUCUUCACAUUCCCCAAGGAAUGGCCUUCGCUUUACUCACAUCGGUGGCACCGAUAUUUGGCCUGUACACGUCCUUCUUCCCUGUAGUCCUGUACAUGUUGUUUGGCACAGGUCGCCAUGUUUCCACAGGUACCUUUGCUGUGGUGAGUCUGAUGACUGGCUCUGUGGUGGAGCAGCUGGUGCCUACUCCUCUGGAGCUCAACUCCAGCUCCUCUGAAGCAGCAGACUUCGAGGCCCAGAGGAUUGGAGUGGCCUCAGCCGUAGCGCUUCUCUCAGGGAUUAUUAUGCUCUGCAUGUUCGGUCUCCAGCUGGGUUUCCUCUCCACUUAUCUGUCGGAGCCGAUUGUUAAGGCGUUCACCAGUGCCGCCGCCUUCCAUGUCACCGUCUCCCAGCUACAAAGCAUGCUGGGGCUGCGGCUCCCUCGCCACACUGGGACCUUCUCCCUCUUCAAGACCCUUGCGUCAGUGAUGGAGAACUUGCCUCACACCAACAUGGCCGAGCUGCUCAUCUCCCUGUUGUGUUUGGCCAUCCUGGUCCCGGUGAAGGAGAUCAACAUGCGCUUCCGGCAGCGACUACGCACACCUAUCCCUGUGGAGAUCCUCACGGUGAUUAUAGCUACCGGAGUGGCCUACGCCUCCUCGCUGGAUUCGACAUAUGACAUUCAGAUCGUUGGCCAUAUCCCUGCUGGUUUCCCAAUGCCACGGAUACCGGCCUUGCACACUUUCCCUGACAUUGCUGGAGACACAGUUGCCAUAACAUUUGUUGGUUAUGCUGUGUCGGUCUCGCUGGCAAUGAUCUAUGCUGAUAAACAUGGGUACUCCAUACAUCCCAAUCAGGAGCUGCUGGCCCAUGGCAUUUCCAACACCGUCUCCUCGCUUUUCACCUGCUUCCCAAGCUCAGCCACUCUGGCCACCACUAACAUACUGGAGAGUGCUGGAGGAUACACACAGCUGUCUGGCUUGUUCACCAGCCUGGUGGUUCUGAUCGUCCUGCUGCUGAUUGGACCUCUGUUCUACUUCCUACCUAAGGCAGUACUGGCAUGCAUCAACGUCACCAGCCUCCGACAGAUGUUCCUGCAGUUCCAGGACCUGCCUGAACUGUGGAGAAUCAGCAAGAUUGACUUUAUGGUGUGGGUGGUGACCUGGCUGUCUGUAGUGGUGCUCAACGUGGACCUCGGUCUAGCCAUUGGAGUGGUUUUCUCUAUGAUGACCGUCAUCUGCCGUACACAAAGGGCUGGCUGCUCAGUGCUUGGCAGGGCCAGCAACACAGAGAUUUACAGACCUCUGCAGAACCACAGCAAGUGCUAUGAGGUGCCUGGAGUGAAGAUCCUGACCUACAAUGGGCCCAUUUACUACGGGAAUCGCAGCUUCUUCAGGGAGGAGAUGAGCCGACUGCUGGGUCUGACUCCAGAGAGGAUUCGCAGCCGCGAGAAGGCCAGGAAGGCCCUGGAGAAGAGGGAGAGAGAGAGCACAGUCAGUACUGUGGAGAGAGGUGUUGCAAACACAUCAUUCUCAUCAGAAAAUGAGAUAUUUAAAUCUGAAACAUCUGAGAAUGAUGUCCAGGCUGUGUUAAUUGACUGCAGCAGUGUGAUAUUUGUUGAUGUUGCUGGAGCCAGACUCUUUAUACAGAUGUGUAUUGAAUGCCAGAAAGUUGGAGUUCGCAUAUAUUUGGCAAACUGCAACGAGAGCGUCUUAAAGAUCCUUACAUCAAGCGGUCUAAUGAGCUACAUGAAUCCUCAACAUAUUUUCGUUACUGUCCAUGAUGCCGUGGUUUACAUUGAACAGCAGAAGGAGAAACCUCCAGAAAACACCCCAACUGUUUGGGUGUGAGCUGGGUCACCCGUGAUUGGUCAAACUCGUUACCUGACGAGUGUCUGGAAAAUUGUUGAAGGCAUUAGGACCCGCUUGAUUCUUCAGUGAGGGCUGCAUUAGGGGUCCCUACUGUGUAAGGGGCCAGACUGUCCGACUGUACU